AUGACAGUUUCCAGAUUGUUGAAAGAUAGAGUUAGAUAUGCUCCAUAUUUGAAGAAAGUUAAGCCAGUAGAAGAGCUGAUUCCAUUGUUUAAGGAUGGUCAAUACAUUGGUUGGUCUGGUUUCACCGGUGUCGGUGCUCCAAAAGCUGUUCCAGAAGCUUUGAUCAAACAUGUUGAGGAAAAUAACUUGCAAGGUAAGCUUAGAUUCAACCUUUUCGUCGGUGCUUCUGCUGGUCCAGAAGAAUGUAAAUGGGCCGAACAUGAUAUGAUCUUGAGAAGAGCCCCUCAUCAAGUCGGUAAGCCAAUCGCCAAGGCUAUUAACGAUGGUAGAAUCCAAUUUUUCGACAAGCAUUUGUCCAUGUUUCCACAAGAUUUGACCUACGGUUACUAUAGCAGGAACAGAACCGAUGGUAAGAUCUUGGAUUACACCAUCAUUGAAGCAACUGCCAUUAAAGAAGAUGGGUCUAUUGUUCCAGGUCCUUCUGUCGGUGGUUCUCCAGAAUUUAUUUCUGUUUCUGAUAAAAUUAUUAUCGAAGUUAACACUGCUACUCCAUCGUUCGAAGGUCUACACGAUAUUGAUAUGCCUGUUAACCCACCAUUCAGACAACCAUACCCAUACACCGCUGUGGACCAAAAGAACGGUCUUGAUUCUAUCCCAGUGGACCCUGAACGUGUUGUUGCUGUGGUUGAAUCUACUCAAAGGGAUGUCGUUGGUCCAAACACUCCAUCUGAUGCUACAUCUCAAUCCAUCGCUCGUCACUUGGUCGAGUUCUUCGAAAAUGAAGUGAGACAUGGUAGACUACCUGAAAACUUGCAUCCAUUGCAAUCCGGUAUCGGUAACAUCGCUAACGCCGUGAUUGAAGGUUUGACUGACUCCUCCUUCAAGAACUUGACUGUGUGGACUGAAGUCUUGCAAGAUUCAUUCUUGGAUUUGUUCGAAAACGGUGCCUUGGAUUACGCCACUGCUACCUCUAUCAGAUUGACCGAAGCUGGUUUCCAAAAGUUUUUCGAUAACUGGGAUGAUUUCUCAAAGAAGCUAUGUUUAAGAUCCCAAGUUGUUUCUAACAACCCAGAAUUGAUCCGUCGUCUAGGUGUUAUCGCUAUGAACACCCCUGUCGAAGUUGACAUUUACGCACACGCUAACUCCACCAACGUCUCUGGUUCUCGUAUGUUGAACGGUUUGGGUGGUUCUGCUGAUUUCUUGAGAAACGCUAAGUUGUCUAUCAUGCACGCUCCAGCUGCAAGACCUACAAAGACUGACCCAACUGGUAUCUCUACCAUUGUCCCAAUGGCUUCUCAUGUCGAUCAAACUGAACACGAUUUGGAUGUCUUAGUCACCGAUCAAGGUUUGGCUGACUUAAGAGGUCUAUCUCCAAGAGAAAGAGCAAGAGAAAUCAUUAAGAACUGUGCUCAUCCAGAUUACCAACCAAUCUUAACUGACUACUUGGACAGAUCAGAACAUUAUGCCAAGUUGCACAAGUGCAUGCACGAACCUCACAUGUUAAAGAAUGCAUUCAAAUUCCACUUGAACUUGUCUGAAAAGGGUACCAUGAAAGUCGAUAACUGGGAUUAA